GAAACAAGUUGUAAUAUUUUGUUUUGUUAGAGAGAGAGAAAGAAAGAGAACAAUGAAGUUGCUUUCUUUUUAGCUUGUUGAAAUUUGCCUCGUCUAUACUGUAUUAGGCAGUUAAUACAAAUCACAAAGAUCUUUCAACAUUUCUCUUUCUUUUUCUUACUAUUUUUUCAUUUUUCUUCUAAGUUCAUGCUUCUGAAACUUUCUUCUUUUUCUUCUUCUGUUGUUUUUGUUUUUGUUUUUCUUGUUGUUCUGUGGAGUGAGUGAAUUUGUUAAGAUUGUGAAGAAUGUGGGAUCUGAAUGACUCACCCGAUCAGAGAAAAAAUUAUGAAUCAGAAGCAGAAGGUUGUUCAAUCGACGGUGAUGAAGUUGAUGAAAAAGGUAAAAGAGUUGGAUCUAUUUCAAAUAUUUCAAAUUCAAGUUCAUCUGCAGUAGUUAUAGAAGAUGGAUCCGAAGAAGAAGAUGACGGUAACGGCAACGGUAACGGUAACCGAUUGUUGAAGAAAAAAGGUAGUAAGAUAUUUGGAUUCUCAGUAGAUGAUGAUGAUGAUGAUAGUGAGUGUCCACCUGUGACUAGACAGUUUUUUCCGGUGGAAGAUACUGAGAUGACAGCGGUGGUGGAUUCUACUUCCGGUGGUGGCAGUAGUGGUGGUGGAGGUUCUUCUUCUUUUCCACGUGCUCACUGGGUAGGUGUAAGAUUUUGUCAAUCGGAAACAGUUAACGGCGGUAAAUUAAUUGAAAAUUCUGCUUCUCAACCGUCGAAGAAGAGUCGUCGAGGACCAAGGUCCAGAAGUUCUCAGUAUAGAGGUGUUACUUUUUACAGAAGAACUGGUCGAUGGGAAUCUCAUAUUUGGGAUUGUGGAAAACAAGUGUAUUUGGGUGGAUUUGACACAGCACAUGCAGCUGCACGUGCAUAUGAUAGAGCGGCAAUUAAGUUCAGAGGAGUAGAAGCAGAUAUAAACUUCAACAUAGAAGAUUAUGAAGAGGAUUUGAAGCAGAUGAGCAAUUUAACUAAGGAAGAGUUUGUGCACGUACUUCGGCGACAAAGCACUGGAUUUCCAAGAGGAAGUUCUAAAUAUAGAGGUGUAACUUUGCACAAAUGUGGAAGAUGGGAGGCGCGGAUGGGUCAAUUCUUAGGGAAAAAUUUGAUUCGAUUUACCAGGUACGUUUAUCUGGGUCUAUUUGACACCGAGAUUGAAGCUGCAAGGGCAUAUGAUAAAGCAGCAAUUAAAUGCAAUGGCAAAGAGGCGGUGACCAAUUUUGAUCCUAGCAUCUAUGAUAAUGAGCUUAAUUCUGAAUCCUCAGGUACCGCUACCGCGAAUCACAAUCUGGAUUUGAGUUUGGGCAGUUCGAGUUCUAAAGGUAGCAAUAAUCAAGCAUUUGGAAAUCACAACACAAAUGCCGCCACUGAUCAGUAUAUGGCGCCUGAAUCAAAUUGGCGGAAUGGUGGAAUCAGGCCUAAGCCGGUGAAUAUACUACCAAAACCAUGUGGUAUGAGUAACAUGGAAGCUUAUGUAAGGGAUGGAUAUGGAGAGAAUGAAGCCUUGAGAAUGCUAAGCCAAACUCAUCUUCAAUCUCCAGUCACUAAUGAAAUGCAUAGAUAUGGUCCCUACAGAUCACCUGUUGAACACCACCACCCUCAAAUGCUUCGCAGUUUUCAACAUCUUCACCCCUCAAAUUUUCAUGUUUCGAGUAGCAGCAGCAAUGGAGGCCGAAUUGGAAGUGAUUUAACAUUAUCAAUGUCCGAUCAACAAAAGUGGCAAACGGGGCCUCCACAUUUGUUAGCAACUGCUGCAGCAUCAUCAGGAUUCCCACCUCAGAUAAGACCAUCUACUUCUUCUCAAGGUUGGCUGCAGAAAAAUGGGUUCCACACUCUCAUGAGACCCUCUUGAUCCCUUCCAUCAACAAAUAUUUCUUCAUUUCAACCUUGCCAUUUUUAAUUAAAUUUACAUUUAAAUAAUCUUCUCUUAUCUUAUCUUAUCCCCCUUAUUAUUUAUAUUUUUUAAUUUCUCUUGAGUAUGUACAAAUUAAUGCGGUUUAAAAUUAUUACUAGUACAAAAACCAUAACUUUACUAUUGAGGUGAAAGAAGUGAUUAAAGUUUGCCAAAUUGGAAACACUCAUUGGUCUUGUUUCUGAGAGUGAGUCAAACUAAAGAAACGGACGAAAUCUUUAACUA